AUGUGGGCGAGCGCUUCAUUUGUAGGCGUAUUGAUUGUCAUCGGUGUACCUUUGUGGUGGAAAACAACCGAAGUGUUUCGGGUAUCGCUUCCAUACGAAAAAAUAAAUGCAUUUGACUCGGAGGCUCACUACAUUACAACGGACCUUGUAGUACUCGCAAACGACGAUCGAACUGCGGUGAAUGUGGCUAAAGAGAUUCAGAAGGCAUUUUCACAGUCAGAUGUAAUAAAGCUUAGAGUCACUAAGCAAAUCAUCUCGGAAACACUUCGUCAAACCUUGGACACGGUGAUUGAUGAACAAGAAGCGCUAGAAGAGAUUGCUGCCACUUUCGACCAGAAACAUAACACGUUAUAUGUAGUGCAGAGGGCGCCACUUCUUCAAGACGUUUGGGUCGGGACGGAGAGAGUUGUAUUCUUUCGAGAUGGGAAAGCAUCAUCGACCCUAGUAUCCGCUUUAGACAAAUGGAUCUAUGAGCCAUCAGUCCUUCAAGGUGCCAGAUCGGAAUCGGCCGAUGCGGCGAGACAAGUUCGAUUUCCGAGUAGUGACUAUCACGUGGUGCUGUCAGUUGUUAAUCCAAAACCACAUUUGAUGAAAGUGGAGUUUGAUGCCGCAGAGGCAGUAGAAGAUUACAUCGGUUCCUUUGUAGACGAGUUAAGUGAACUUCAUAAUUUCACACUCAAGUCGCAAUGGCUGUAUUUGCUGGACUUUGAUUUUCAACCUAGAAAGGUAAUAGAUAAAUCAAAAGUCGGAUACCACUACGCAAUUCGUCAUGAAAGACUACACUUGCUUCUAACCAAAUUGGAAGAAAGGGCCGCGACUCAUGUGUCGGAGUUGCCGACUGUUAACCUAGCUUUAUAUGUCACUCAGUGUGAUAUGUCGCCGGCUUAUAUCUAUGAUACCAAUAACCAGAAAGUCGAGUCCCGAGUCCAAGCGUUCAUGUCACCGAAAUGGGGUGGCGUGGUAUUGGGUACACCCACAGUAGACGAAUGUGCAGAGGGCAUACACCGACCUAAGGUCACACAGAUCAUGGGAACGUUUUUGGCACAUCUUAGAAAACUUAUUGGCAUCACUGAUAAGGAAUCAAUACAAAAUGGUAACUUAGAAGCUCUUCGUUCAGUGGCGCCCAGGCGUUGGGAGGUCGAUUCUCUUCUACGAAUAAGGACCCUAGAGCAAGUCACCUCGGCUGAGACGAGCUUGAAGUCGUUGGCUAAGUUGUUAGGUGAAAUAUCAAACAUAGUAAUAAACGAAGAAGUAGGUGCCUCAAUUAACAUAGCUGUACAGAACAUUCAAAAUGCCAAGAACUUGAUGUUAUGUGGACGCCUUUUGGAGGCCUAUAGGGCUUCGCAGACGGCUUUUAUUGCGGCUGAGACAGCUUUUAUGGACCCCAGUCUUUUGGCCCUGUUGUAUUUCCCUGAUGAUCAGAAGUACGCAAUUUAUAUUCCUCUGUUCCUACCUAUUAUGUUCCCUGUGAUUCUGUCUUUGAAGAACUUGAUACUUUGGUUCAGAGGAAAACUACCAAAAGAGAAAGUCGACUGA